CAGUGACAGCCAAUAAAUAAAUUAUUUACACUAAUAAAUUAUAAAUGCUUACAAUAAUACGAAAUUAUGUAUAACCGAUGUAUUACGAUGUAUGUAAAUACAGUAUAAAGUACAUAAAUAAAUACAUGACAAUCAUGGAAUCCGACCAAAAAUAUAUGUUGUGAAAAUUCAAUCUUGUAGCUUAGCACCAACUAACGCUCCGCAUAGCUCAAGACGCGGUAUUGUGACUGGCUUAACUGGUGCGACUUGCGUCUUGGUACAAAGUAUCCUAACCGUGGCUGGAGAAUACCUAAAACACUUGUAAAAGCCAUCAUACUGGUCGUCGCAUCGCGCUGCGCGGCGAGUCGCGGCUCUGCGCGGCGCAGCGGCGCGCGGCGCCUCAAGGAGUACUGGCCACAAGAUGGCCAUUAUAUUUUAAUUUUUUUAGUGCUAAAUAUUUUGACGGAUUUUGUCAAUGUCGUGUAGUGUAAAUAGUGUUUUUAUCUUUUUAAGCAUUUUUUAUAUCUUUUUUAUCUUAAGUAUACUUUUAUAGUCCAGGCUAUAUGCCUUAUGAUGUUGGAAGCAGCAGCUACGCCGGUCAGAGCGCCAGUCAACCUGCCGCAUUCCUGGAUGGGACUCUGGUAAGAUGCCCUCUUUGCUCUCAAGCACGUUUUUUUAAGGGUGAACGGGGUCUGAGGAUACAUCUGGGCAAGGUACAUAAACACAAAAAUGUGGAUCCUUCCCCAGUGUCAGCCUCAGCUCCUUCUCCAACUCCCCCUGUUCAAAAUAUUCAACUUUGGCAAACUCUAUCCAAAUUCAAAAACUCAAUCCCAAUUUUAAAGAGAGUUCCUCGAGGUGCGAGAGCAUCCGUGGCUUCAAGUUUGGCACGUUGUAUUGCUCUUGUAGCCCGAGAGAACUCUCCGAGUGCUUGGGAGCAAUUAUUAACUUUCCCAUUUAGGAUUCUACAUGUGCAGAAAGAUUUGGCUAGUAAAAAAACUUUAACAACCCAAAUUAAAGAUAAUUGUUUUUUGAAAACACAACCUUUCGACCCCAAAUUACCUGUACACUUCUCUCACAAAGGUUUGCUGCAUCAUGUAGAGUCCAAAUUAGCAGAUGGUGAUAUUCGUGGGGCUGCUAGGGUUCUAUUUAGCAGUGACGUGGUCGCUGCGUACUCUGCAGAGACUGUUACAGCCUUGCAGAGUAAGCACCCUUCCCCGGCAGAUGACCUCACUUUCCCUGACCCACCAAACCCUCAACUCCAUACCCUCGCCAUUACUGCCCAACAGGUUCGUGGGGCCAUCGACUCCUUUCGAAAUGGUUCUGCCGGCGGCCUCGACGGCUUGUCUCCUCAACAUCUAAAGGACCUAACGUGUUCAAGCGCCGGGGAAGCUGAGUUCUUCAGCGCUCAAAGGAUAUUUUAAAGCGACACUUACUUCAUUGCAGCCUGAAAUCAACCGAAAUUGAAUUAAUUUCGUCUGAAAUUCAGGUCGUACUAACUGAAACUUCAGUGUGAUCUACUUGCAAUAAGUACUUCCUUUGAUACAGAGUAAUUAACGAUUUUUUUACAGUUUCAGGGAUUUUUUCAGAGGAGAAGUCACAGGAUGAUUUGAUUUUCAUCUCUCAAAAUAAAAAAAAACAAGCGGAGGUAAUUGGGCUUCCGGUAAUCUCACUCACACAACAAAACACAAGGCAAGCGUUGUUUCACGUCGGUUUUCUAUGCGGCCGUGGUAUCACUCCGGUCGAGCCGGGCCCAUUCGUG